AUGCUCGCCCAGGAACAGCACCCACUACCCGCCAGCGCCUCUUAUCCCACGUCAAUCCACAUCCUCCUAUACAAUCAGUCAACAUGGUAUCCCAAGCACGUCUGGUCGCCGGCCGGUGGUUGGUACGCCCAGCCCGCCAACUGGAAGGCCAACACGGCCAUUCUCGGUGUCUGCGUCUUUGGCAUCACUGCUAUGGUCUGGAACCUGAGCGCCGAGAGGGAGUUCCGUCACAAGAUGCCCGAGCCAGGACGUUUCUACCCAAGCAGAUACUGGAGCAAACAAAUCAUCGAGCACGAGCGGGCGCAAAAGGAAAAGGCAGAGGCAGAGAAGAAGUCAUCAUAA